AUGUUCCCUGGACAAGAUGCUGCUUUGAUUGAACGUAUGUUCGACCUGUUCGAUACGGAUGGUAGCGGCAUCAUCGAAUUGAGGAAGUUUAUCAUCGGUUUAUCGAACGUCUCGAGCAUUUCGACUGUCGAGAAAGUGAAACUCGCCUUCAGCUUGUAUGAUUUGGGCAACUCGGGCUCGCUGGAAUACGCUGAAGUCCUGCAGCUGCUCAUUGCUGCACAGGCCGGAAUAGGGCCAAUCAGCGACUCAGAUGUUCGCACUCGGGCCCACGAGGUCUACGCCAAUCUGGGAAUUGCCCCGGAGGGAAGCUCUGGUGGCGAAGAUGACAUAUAUCCAUGUCUAUCAUAUGAGCAGUUCGUGAACAUCGCCGAAGAAAGGCCUCAAUUGUUGCUGCCAGUACAUGCUCUCGCCCACAAUGCCUUGGCUCAAAUGCCUCACUGUUGA